AUGUCGAAUAGUCCUAGCACACCAGACUUACCUCCUCCUCCCGAGUAUGUCUUUCGGGAACAUAAGGCUACGGUCAAUCAUGUCCACAUCUUUGACAGAGAUCAGCACUUUGCGUCAUGUGAUGCUGAAGGUUGGGUUGUAGUUUGGAAAAUGAAAACAAGACGACCUAUAUCAAAAUGGAAAGCACAUAAAGAAAGCUGCUUAAAGGUCACAACUAUUGAAAACCACACACUGAUAAGUCAGGGCAGAGAUAACAUGAUUCAUAUUUGGAAAUCAUGUUUGAACGAACCUGAGCUUGUUUCUUCUGUUGUCUAUAAUGCUUUAGGUUUCUGUAAGUUUUCGUGUUACUCUCAAGACAAUGAUUCAACCUUAUUGUGUUUUCCUUCAAAAGACGACAUUGCCAUGUUUGAUAUCUAUGAUUUGACUUAUCAAAAAUAUGUGCUGCAAAAUGUGGGAGGUAACACAGAUAUCGGCUCAGCUCGGCAAGGCGCCUGUAUGGCACUACAAUUGUUUCGAACAUUAGAUGCUUUAUUUAUAGUGGCGGGAUACGAAAGUGGACAGGUAGCAUUAUGGCAAAUAAAGCAAGAUAAAAGCAGCCUGAUUUGGUAUAAACAAGAGCAUCAAGAACCGAUUCUUGAUCUGUCAAUUGACAGCAACAGAGCGUUUCUUAUAUCUUCAUCAGCAGACAACCAAAUUUGUAAAUAUAUGCUUGGAACAGGUGAUGUUAUCAAAAAGAUAAAGAUAAAAAAGUCUGGCGUUGUAGCACUCAAGAUUCGUUCUGACAAUAAGAUUUUUGCUUCGGGUGGAUAUGAUGGAAAAAUACGAGUCUUUUCUGUAAAAUCAAUGAAGCCUUUGGCUAUCUUGUCUUACCAUAAAAAUACAACUUAUGGACUUGAUUUUGGCGCAGAAAACAAUUGGCUGAUGAGUGCAAGUCAAGACUAUCGUAUCAGUUUAUGGAGCAUAUUUUAG